UAUCUGUAAAAUAAUAUACAGAUGUUAAUUUUACCGGAAAACCACAAAUAAUGUUCACAAUAUAGCUAUUAAUUCUGGUGGUAUACAAAAACCGUUCAUUACCAACAUGGCCGACGCAGUUGACAAAAAUUAUAGGAACCUAGAAAGUAACAUCGACAAGUUGACACUGAACCAGUGCAGCAUUAUAAAAAAGUUCGAUGCACUGUCCAAAAAUGUUGAUGAAAUGAGAAAAAUACUGGCUCAGUUUUCGGAGAAAAUGGUCGCACUCGAAGAAGUGGCUUCAGACAAGAGAAAAUUUAAGGUUGAUAUAAAAGUGCUGAGGAACAGAAUCGAUGAACUGUACGAUAUCGUGAAGGAAGGCAAGGAGGAAGGCUCUGCCCCAAGCGAUGACGUACGCGAUGUUGAGUCCUGCCAUUCUGGGUUCUCUUGUUCAUCCAAGGUAACCAUGACUACCGGCCUGGAUAGAGACACGAUACGGUCAGCGUACGAAGACGUGCGCUCCGACGGGUCCCCCACAGAGUGGGCGGUCUUCAAGUUCGAUGGGGCGCGUAUCAUCUGCUCGGCGCGAGGUUCUGACUUCACGGAGUUCCGCACGCAGUUUUCCGACGACGAACGUGCUUUCGGAUACCUAAGGCUCCAGAUGGGCGACGAGAUGUCUAAGCGCAAGAAGUUCAUGUUCAUGACGUGGGUGGGGCCCAGCGUGUCGGUCAUCAACCGCGCCAAGAUGUCCACUGACAAGGCCAUCAUUAAGGAUAUAAUUUCUAAUUUUGCAGUUGAGCUUCAAUUAGAGAGCCAGUCUGAAAUAGACAUCGAUCAAUUCAAAGACGCCCUAAACAGAGCAGGCGGGGCCAACUACGGCACUGGAAUUAGAGAUUUAUGAAUUGAAUAAAAUGCUGAAACCUUACCGAAUAUACGUUUUUAACAGAGCAAUACUCUUUUCCCUUUAGCAUUUAGUUCGUGUGUAUGUGGUUAAAACAUAGUUCUCAUCGUAGUACGUUGACAAGGCGCGAAGUUAUAAAGAUACAAUUGAAACGUGGAUUAUAUCAACGAUUCGGAACGGAUUUAGUUCCGCGUUUCAGUGAGAUUUUAUUGAAAUUAAGGAAUUUGGGUGAGAAAACAAUUUUUACUGAUGUAUUGCUUUGUUAAGAUAUAUUUUGUGUGAAAGGUUUAAAUUCAGGUCAAAAGUGGCAUAUUCAAGAAAUUUUUAGUAGAUUAAAGUAAUCGUAAAGGAUUUAAAAUUUUUGUAAUGUUUUAUAUUUAUAUCGUAUAAAUUGAAAUUUCGAU